AUGGACCCCAGAGACGCCGAAAAAACAGCGUUUUUCACCCCUGACGGUCAUUGGGCAUAUUGCUGUAUGCCUUUUGGGCUUGAGUGUGCUCCAGCAAUUUUUCAACGUAUGAUGGAUUCCGCAUUGAGUGAUGUUAAAGAAAGUAUCGAAGACGACGUUUUUGAAGAAAAUCAACCAGGGCUCUCUUCAGCAUUUCAGGCUCCAGCCGAUCCGGAAUUGGAGAUUGAGCCAGAACCCGAAAUAGAACCAGAAGAAACAGAUGAGGAGGAAGAGGAAGCAGUCCGACUCAUGGACGAUGAAUAUCUGCUAAACGAACUGGAGAAAAGUUCCAGCGAUCGGGGGGAUGAAAACUCUCCUGAAGCGAUAAAUCGACAACAAAUGCGAAAAGAUUUGAGAAAAUCAUUUAUACGUUUCAAUAAAGCCCUAGAAAAACGAGCGAUUAAUGUAUCAGAUGAAGAAGCAGAUCGCACUGUUUGCCCAGACGACUAUUACAAUCCACUGCCUGUGGGCUACUUGUCGGAAGAACAUAACGAAUCUGAAGACUCGGAUGAGUCCGAGGAAAUAGAAGAAGAAGAUGAAGAAUUCCUUUGUCAAAAUGAAGAUAUAGAAAGAGAUGAGAACUCAAGUAAAGCCAGUUGCUCUGAACCAGAAUUCCAAGUAGAAAUACUCCCUGCAACUCGACAGACACCGCGAGCUGACGAGAUUCGAGAGAAAUAUCUUACCGCGGGUAGAAGUCCGUCGACUCCUAUGUGGAAUAACACGGUGCUGAAAGCUGUGCAAGCAAAUUGCAAAGAACUUGACUACGACGAUCAUAAAAAAAGCUUUUACUGGAAGGACGCAGAAAAUUCUGAUGAUAAUACAUCUACAGUCAUCGCGAGGCCAUCCACUUGCCAAACGAACGUUGAAGAUGUUUUUGCAGCUUCAUCCAGUAUGGCACACGCGGAAACGCCCAAACGUAAAGUGACAACCACAAGUAAAAAUCUAGGACAUGAAAAGAUCUUGCUGAACGAGAAUCAGCAGCCCAUGAUUCAAGUGGAAGUACGUGGAGAACAAGAUGACGGAGAUGCUCAGGUGAACGAAUCUGACCUUCUCUACACUACUCAACCGGAAGCUGUUGACAAACAACUGGGGAAUGAGCUGGAGAUGAUUGUUGAUUUACCUCCUUAA